AUGUCAACUCGACAAAUAUAUUUUCUCUUGCCUUUUACAAAUUUCACAAGAACUUCAACAUUUUGCUCACAAGCUCUAGUUAACAACAAAUUUCAAUCAAAAGACGAAAACAAAAUUGUAGAACACUUUGGUGGAUUAAAAAGAGAAGAAAGCUAUAUAAAGCCUGCUGAAAAAUUUGUGGAAAACUGGUCUGUUCUUAGAUGGCCUAGACAUGGUUGUGGUGGGAGAAGUUAUGCUUUGAUUGGAACUCUUGCUGAUAUAGAACGUGCUGUACUAGACUAUGCUUUUAAUUUUGUUUGGAAACAGCUUCAAUUGGAUGAUAAUGUUAAGAAUGUGGAGAUGGUUAAUGUGGAGGAUAUUCUACCUGUUUCUACAACAAGAGCUUGUGGUGUGCCUUUUCAAACUGGUCAAAAUCCGAUGCAAUAUCGAAUUUUUAAUGCUGAUGAUAUUUACAAUUCUAGUCAAACUCAAAUUGAAUUAUCUGAUGAUUUAGACUUCUGUCUUUCUGGAACAGCAGAAAUGGGAAUUGCAAAUCAACUUAAAAACCGUGUUUUUCAACAAGAUCAAUUGCCAACAUAUUUUUUAUCAGAAAGCACCUGUUUUCGUCCUGAAAUUUCUAAAGGAGGUUUAGAAUGUGGUCUAUACAGAGUUGAAAUGUUUGUUGUCUGCACUGAAAAACAAAGUUUGGAUGAAUUGCAGCGGAUUGUAAAAAUUCAAAAAAAUUUAUUUUCUUCCCUGGGGCUUCAUUGUCGUCUUUUGGAUAUGUGUCAAGAAGAGCUGGGAGAUUCCGCUGUUCAAAAAUUUGAUAUAGAGACGUGGUUGCCUGGUAGGAAGCAAUGGGGAGAGUUAUCUAGUGCUAGCAAUUGUACUGAUUAUCAAUCUCGAAGGCUUAAAAUUUCUUAUAGAUCUGACAGUUCUCCAAAUAAUACUUCUCUGCAUUAUUGUCACACUUGCAACGGCACUGGAAUUGCCUCGACUCGACUCAUUAUUGCACUUUUAGAAUCAUCUCAAUUGUCACCGUGUCAUCUUCAACUACAUGAAUUAAUCAAAAAGAUGCUUCCUGUUGAAAGAAGUUCUGUUUUAAAAUGUGGAAAGGCCAAAGCAAUUGAUUAUUUUGUUGAUAAUGGCGUUUGUUAA